AUGAACGGAAGUUUUGUCGAAAUAGAUGAUCCAGCAGACACUUAUGUUCCAAAAGAGUCUGAAAUUGAAGAAUUCGCAAAAUGGCUUGGUGCACAGCUCCCUCGUGAUAAAUCUUUAUUAUGGAUUGCCAAAGAAGCAUUGACAGCAAAGAUUCCACCUCCAUGGAAAUACUACCAGAGGAAAGAUGGUACUGGUGAGCCAUUUUAUUUCAACCCAUUAACAGGAGAAUCAUUAUGGGAUCAUCCGUUAGAUAAGCAAUACAAGCAACUAUUUCAACAAGAACAAAAGAAAUUACUAGCAAGCAUGAAUCCUCCAUCUGCCUUAAAGCAAUCUCCUAAUGAUACAAAACCAAAUUCCGAAAACACCAAGCCAAGCAAUAUCGAUGAAAUAGAUUUACCAAAAGCUCAAAUCUCACCUCCAAAAAUCAAAGAAAAACUACAACAGCAAGAAAAAGAAAUUGAACCACAAAUUAGCAAAGGAAAACUACGAGAAGUCUUUCAUGAUGAAAUAGAAGAAAUGAUAAGCAAUCACGAGGAUGAAAUCCAACAAUUGAAAGAAGAUUUCCAGACUAAAUAUGAAAUAAUGAGAAAUAGACUUCAAGCCGAAUAUGAUGAUAGAAUUAAGCAAGAAAAAGCCAAAUAUGAUGCAGAAAUAGAAAAAAUACAGAACCUGAAUAAGAGCGAAUUAACAUCAUUACAACAGCAGCAAAUUGCAGGUAAAAAAGAAUCGUUUAAAGUUCAAAUGGAAACACUUGAAAAGAACAAUGAAUUGGAACUGGAAAAAAAGAAACUAGAGCUUCAAACAAAAUUAACUCAACUCGAAACAGAAAAUAUGACUCAAAUUGCACAAAUGAAAAUCAAUCAACAACAAGAAAUAACCGAAAUACUUACAUCACAUCAAACUCAACUUUCAAAGCUCAAAUCAAAACUAUCUCGUGAAGUUGAAAUAAUAAGAAGGAAGGCAAGAGCUAAAAUGGAUGCAAUACGUGAUUCGAAAGAAAUACAAUUCCUUCAGGAAGAAAUGGAAAUGAAGAAGAAGGAACUGAUUGAAAAGAAUGAACUAGAAAUUAAACGUAUGACUAAAAAGCAUGAAGCCAAUAAAAAACUUCUUCAAGAGAAAUUCAAUGGUGAAAUUGUUGAUAUGCAAAGUUACCAGCAGAUGUCUCCAUUUAAGGACGACAACAUAAUUAAGCAAAUCAAAUCGGAUUUAGAAGACGAUAAGAACUUAAGGAUGGCACUAGAUACAAAGAAAGCUAAAAUACUAAAUCAAUUCAAAGCUGAGAUUGAUGAAUUGAAGGAAAAGCAUGAAGAUGAAAUCAAACAGCUCAACUCUCAGCAUUUGAAGUUAACAGAAUCAAUUAAGAAUGAAAUUGCAGAGUUAAAGCGUGAAGCUGAUCAAGAAAAAAUAGAAUUGAAAGAAAAGCGAAAGAAUGAAAUUCAAAAAAUCAAAGAUGAAUGUGAUAUGCAAAUAAUGCAACUCAGAGAAGAAUUACUCACAAGAAAGCAAAUUGAAAAAACGCAAUUUUCUCAAGAUAUGCAACUAAUGUUAACAAUGCUUGAAAAUGAAAAGAUGCGAGCUGAGCAACAAAAGAGAGCUGAAAUUGAAGAGAUUAAACGAAGAGUUGUUACGUAUCAGCCAGAGAAAAUCUUUGUGAAGGAAGAAAAGCGUGUAAUACCAUUUCUUUCUAUCGCAUAUCAAAACGAAAUCGAUAUCAUGCCUAAGUCUGAGAUUAAAUAUCAGAUUCCUUUAAGAUUUACGUUUUCAUCUCAAAAAGUAUUCAGUCGUAAUCAAAAUGCUCAGAAACCUCUCUUAGAUCAGUCCACUUCUCCAUCCUCUAAAAAUGAAAGAAAAAGUCCAGAUAAAUCAAAUAACACAGAAAAUACGAGAAAAUCAUCAUAUAUUGAGUCUUAUGAUAAACCCGAAACAUUUUCUUAUGUUAAGAAUAAUCGCAUAUCAAAGCAAAGGAAAACUCUAUCAAAGAUUGAAGAUCAAUUUAAUUCUGAAUUUUCUACACUUGAUCAAUCAUCAAAUGCAUUCAAACUUGAAACAGAUAAUUUGACGUCUUCAUUCCAAAACUUAAUUAAUAGUCAAACAAGGGAAAUGACAUCAUUAUCUUCUGAAUUCAAUAAAACAGCUCAAAAAAUUCAAAUAACAAUGACAAAUGCUUUGUCUUCUCUUGAAAAUCAAUUUUCUAUACUGAAUAACAAGCAGCCUAUCCAAAUUAUGCAGCCUGCUCCGCCUCAAAUUCCUAUUGAAGACAGUGAAUCUUUUUCAAGAUCUUCAUUUAUUAUUCCUGCAAGUUCAAAGCCUAAAAAUAAUGGGCGAUCUUCUAGGAAUAGAAAAACGCCAAGAAGGGAGUAUGAUGAUGACGAUAUCUCGACUGAAGCAUCGGAUUUAUCUUUUGUAGUAGGUCAUAAUUCUGCCAAGUUGCUAAGAAUGUUUCGACAGCAAAGAAAGCAGAGAGCUGUUCAAAGGAUUAAGUAA